AUCCGGUUGAAAUCCAUACAUGGUUCCCAUCGUAGGCUAGGCUAAUUUAACUGCUAACUCUCAGUAGUGAUCAUCACAGUCACAAUGCCUCUGAUAGUGAUGUGUGGGUACCCCUGCAGUGGUAAAACACGAAGGGCAGAGGAGCUGAAGGUGUGUUUUGAGCAGAACACGGACAGAAAGGUGCACAUUGUAGGUGACGCAGCACUGGGCGUAGAGAAAAACACAGUGUAUGCAGAUUCCCAAAAGGAGAAAAAUGUCAGAGCAUCUCUGAAAGCUGAAGUAGAGAGGAAAGUCAACAAGGGAGACAUUGUGAUUUUGGAUUCCCUAAAUUACAUAAAAGGCUAUCGCUAUGAACUGUUCUGUCUCAUCAAACAUGCACAGACACCACAAUGCCUGGUAUACUGUUUGACGUCAGAUGAAGUGAGCACAACGUGGAAUACCAACAGAGAUGCUGCUGAGCAGUACACACAGGAAAUCUUUGAUGCAUUAGUGCUGAGAUUUGAAGCUCCAGACUCCAGAAACCGAUGGGACAGUCCUCUCUUCACCAUCCUGAAAGACGACACGAUUCCAUUUGAAGACAUUUCUGACGCACUUUUCAAAAGAAAAGCACCCCCACCAAACCAGUCCACACAGAGUCAACCAUUGUCAUCUUCAAACUUCCUGUACGAGCUGGACAAAAUCACACAAGAAGUCUUAAUGGCAAUUUGUAACGCACAGAAGACAAGUGUCCCCGGGGACCUCGUUCCAGUUCCAGGAGCUACAGAAAAGAUCGAGCUCACCAGGAGCAUCAACAUGGCAGAGCUGAGGAAAUUACGGCGGCAGUUCAUCAGCUACACCAAGAUGCACCCGACAGAGAACAGCAGGCACAUUUCCAACAUGUUUGUGCAGUAUUUAAAUAAGAGUCUUCACUGACAUUUGUAUACCAUUGGCCUCUUUUUUUCAUUUUCUGGGACAAAUAAAUAUAUUUUAUAAUAUUCUCUG